AGACGGACUGCGUGUGUGGAGUGGACAGUGAACUGAUGCGGUCAGAGUUAUGUUCUGUGCUCAGCCUGUCUCUGGCUCAGACGCUUCAUCCAUGUUCUGCUACAACAUGAAGCCAAUUUAUGGGCAGCCUCUCAGCAUGGACGGCUUCAACCAGAACUCGUCCUCACAACCGUCGAGCAAGACCCCCAACAACGUGUUUGCAAACGCGUUCUUUGAGGGGAUGAGCAGUUCGCCCGACAUCUGGAACGCUGUAAACGGGCUCAGCCAGCAGGGCUAUGAAGGAGCGCUGGGAGUCACCCCAAGCCACCAACCACCGGCGGGGAGCUACAGUAACCUGGUCAGCUCAUCUCCUCUGCCUCGGACGUUGACAUUAAGCAGCAUUUUCUGUGUGAGUGGGUUUAACGGAGAGUUUCUGUGUGUUCAGGACUUCUCUCCACAUUCAGUGCUGGCUGCUGACAUGAACCGAGCUCUUCCACCGAUGUCCACCUUUCACCGCAACAAUGUGGUUCCUCGCACUCCAUCAGUCAACACCUCGGAGCAUUCCACAGUUUCAGGAAGCCAUGGAAAUGUGUCAGGAGCCUCCCAGACAGGCGAUACUCUGGGAAAAGCUUUGGCCUCGAUUUAUUCCCCGGAUCACACCAGCAGCAGCUUCCCGUCCAGCUCCUCCACUCCAGCCAGGUCUCCAUCCCCACCACCCGCUGAAGCUACAGGCACCAACGUGUGGUCUCGCAGUUCAGUUCAGGCACCUGUGUCACCGCACUACGAGUCCUCGCUGAUAUCAAUGUCUCAGGUGGAGGAUCGCCUGGACAGACUGGAUGAUGUCAUCCACGUCCUGAGGAACCAUGCUGUGGGCCCCACAGCUGGGCUGCCCACUGACAUCCACAGCUUGCUGAACCAACCCCACCACAUGCACCCCGGCUCUGGCAGCUCUUUACCAUUCACCUGUCAUGCUCCAGCCAUGGUUGAAGGUGUCACUAUCAACAACAAUCACUCGUCCUUCCAGAACCGCACACAAAAUGGCCACCCGUACCUGGCCAGACAGAGGGCCACGCUCCUGCAAGGAGGAGAAGGCGGAGUUCAGGACAACCUGGAGUUUAAGAUGGAAAGCAGGGAGAGUGACGAAAUGAUGCACACCAACCAUGGCCACAGCUCUGACAGCCCGAGAUCCGACGAGGACAGCGAACACAAAACAAACGAAGAAAACAGCUCAAGGAACAGUAUCCAUGAGGAUGAGGAGCUGAGCCCGGAGCAGAAGGCCGAGCGUGAGCGCGAGAGGAGGAUGGCCAACAACGCCCGUGAGCGUCUGCGCGUGCGGGACAUCAACGAGGCCUUUAAGGAGCUGGGACACAUGUGUCAGCUGCACCUGAAGAGCGAGAAGCCACAGACCAAACUGCUGGUGCUGCACCAGGCGGUGGCUGUGAUCCUGAGUCUGGAGCAGCAGGUCAGAGAGAGGAACCUGAAUCCAAAGGCUGCGUGUCUGCGGAGACAAGAGGAGGAGAAGGCAUCAGCCGUCCUGACAGAUCCGCAAUCUGUGCAUCUCACUUUUCAUCCAAGUCUGGGCGACCUGUCAAACCCCAUGGGCCACCUCUGAUCACCUGGUUCUAACAGCUUCAAGUCUGCCAUCAGGUGUUGGCUGAAGAACAUCAGGAGUGUCCAGUUCUGCUGGAUGUCCGGUGUUUCCUGUGAAUUCAGAGCGAGCAGAUUACACUGACUAGAAAGUGUGUUGCAGUCGAACAAUCAUCUCCUCUCCUCCCAAAUGGACAUUUAACUUGGUGCCUAUAAACUCUAUAUAAAACAGACAAAUGCAUUGUAAUCUGCAGAUGUUUUGUACAUAUUUUGUAUAUUUAUUUCUGUUUCAGUGUAUCGGGAUGAAUAAAUGAACUCUGUGGUUUGAAAUCAUUUUUUUUUACUGCAGGCUGCAUGGUGGUGCAGUUGGUUAGGAUUGCUGCUUUC